CGAGGACGCGGGCGGGGGUGGGGGGACGAGCGAGCGCAGCCCCGGAGAGCAGCGCGCGUGCUCGUUGCCUCUUCGCUCGCUCACCGGGAUGGGGGCGGAGGGCGGAGGCCGGGAGGGCGGAACAGCCGCGGAAAGUAGAUUCAGCGGCGGCGGCAGCGACCGAGGAGGAGGCGACCGCGGCUGGCCGGGGUGGCAGCAGCUGGAGUGGUUGCUUCUUGACCUUUUCCGGCGGGCUCAGCUCUGGGAGGCAGGUCGGGGUCGAGGGGAGCCGGCGGCGGCAGAGACAGCGACAGCAGCGGGGCCAGCUCGGCCCGGGGGAGCCUGAGCGACGAGGAGCGACCGCAGCGGCGGGGGAAGCCCCUGUGGCCGCGCAGCGAUGGAGCGGAAGAGGUGGGAGUGCUCAGCUCUCCCCCAGGGCUGGAAAAGGGAAGAAGUGACCAGAAAGUCGGGUCUGUCAGCCGGCAAGAGUGAUGUCUAUUACUAUAGCCCGAGUGGGAAGAAGUUCCGAAGCAAACCUCAGCUAGCUCGUUACCUGGGGAGCUCCAUGGACCUGAGCACUUUUGACUUUCGAACAGGGAAAAUGCUCAUGAGUAAGAUGAACAAGAAUCGGCAGCGGAUGCGCUAUGACUGCUCUAACCAAGCCAAAGGAAAACCAGAUUUAAAUACAGCACUCCCUGUCCGGCAGACGGCGUCCAUCUUCAAACAACCUGUCACCAAGAUCACUAACCAUCCCAGUAAUAAAGUGAAGAGUGAUCCGCAGAAGGCUGUGGACCAGCCUCGACAGCUUUUUUGGGAAAAGAAGCUAAGUGGAUUGAAUGCCUUUGAUAUUGCAGAAGAGCUUGUGAAAACAAUGGAUCUUCCUAAAGGUUUACAAGGGGUUGGCCCAGGUUGCACCGAUGAAACCCUCCUCUCUGCCAUUGCCAGUGCUCUGCACACUAGCACGAUGCCCAUCACUGGGCAGCUCUCAGCAGCUGUGGAGAAGAACCCUGGAGUGUGGCUUAAUACCUCCCAACCACUCUGCAAAGCAUUCAUGGUGACGGAUGAAGAUAUCAGGAAACAGGAAGAACUUGUCCAGCAGGUGAGAAAGAGGCUGGAGGAGGCACUGAUGGCCGACAUGCUCGCUCAUGUGGAAGAGAUUGCUAGGGACGGGGAUGCCCCUGGAGAAAAGGGUGCUGCAGAGGAGGAAGAGGAAGACGACGAGGAGGAGGAAGAGCAGGACCAAGACCACGAGAUGGAGAAUGUAUAGUCCAGGAAGAUCCAGCCAAGAUUUGCCUGUAAAGCAGUAGCAGGGCCAGCACAACCAUUCCCAAAGCCAGGAGUGUCCAAGGACUUAACUGCAUCUACCAUACUUAGGAACAAGCUCCCUUGACCACUAGAGGAAAGAGUUGGGCAUCAGAGAGUAAAUAUUUACUCUUUUGAAAGACACUUCCCCUCUUUCCCUUCCCACAUCAGAGGUGGGGAGGAAUCAAGUGGGUUAUGCUAGACACAAUCUCCCCUUCUUAUUUAGGGGUCAUGAGUUGAGUAUGGUAAAUUUUCCCAGGCCUUUGGUACCUUCAACUUUUUGACCUAGGUUCAGCAUUUUCUCUCUCCUUCUGGGUCUUUUUUAAAGUAAGAGAGGUGCUUCUUCACUGCUUGGUCCCCUCCCCAAUACCCUGCUUGAUAAUACCCAACUCUUGAGAGAUCAUUUUUAUGUUUUGGAUUGUUGUUCCAUGUGUGAAUUCAGGUCAUUGAAUUUCAUGCCCAGAUCUUGGGGAAAAGGCCAGGGGAUAAAAUAAGGGUGUGGCACUCUUCCAGCCUGCUUCUCCCAAACCCAAUGCCAGAAUUCCUUUAUGAAAUAUUCAGAACUGAAGCUAGUAUAAGCUGGGAAGACCUGCAGGAAUCAGAUUCACCUUCAUGCUAAGUUUCCUCAAACUUAACUCUAAUUCUGUAUUGUACUUACGUUAUUCUGCAUCAUGGAAUGAGGCUGCCAACAGGAGAUAAUCCCAGAGUAGCUUAUUCCUGGGGCCUUCAGCAUCCCAUAGGUGGGGAACAGAAGAGAGAAGUGCUCUGUGAAAUGCUCAGUAUGAUGUUCCAAGUGAGGUUGGGGAGAUGCUUCCAAGCAGGACCGAAGCUCCAUCAGUAAGAAGAGAGGGACCGCCGCUGCUGCCACCCAUGCAGGAGAGUGGUGUGGAAGGUGUCGCCUACACUUUCUUUGCCUGAAGCUGUGAUGGUCUCGCCUUCAUUUUUUAAAAGUUCACCUUUCUUUAAUAAAUUGAUAAUAUCAACUGAAUUGAAUCCUUUUUUGAACAUUUUUAUCUUUUGUAUUUGCUGUGCAUUGAUGUGAACUUUGGCCUUUGUUGAAGAGAAAUGAAAUGUAGACAAACCUGCCUUAACGGAGUUCUGAAUCCUCAGAAUUGGAUAUGGGAAUCUGGAACUCUUCCCCAUCUCUAUGCAGCUGCUUGAAAUUCAGACACAGGAAUAAUUCUAGGUACAGAUUCUCCCUCCCCCUUCCAUCACAAAUUGUUUAGGGUAGGGGGAGCGACGGCCUAGCCCUUUUCUGGCAUGUAUUUCUCAACUAUAGGUUCUGCCUUGAUUUUUGUGGGCAGUUUCAAUGGGAACAUUAGAAUUACAGAGCUGGAGAACUUAAGUGACUGCCUUAUUAGACAAAUGACAAAACCAGUAUUUGUAGAAUUAAAAUGGGAGGUGAAGAGAGAGACUUGCCCAAGAUCACCCAGAUGGUUAGUACAGAGGCAGGACAAGAACUGAUCUUUCUAGUCCCCUAAGCUGCCUCAGGCAUGAUGGGUUAAGGGCCAUGUAAAGUGUUUUCCCUCUGACAACUUGAGGCUUUUUUAAGACGUUUUUCCCUGUUUAGCUCUUCAGAAAGCCUUAGGCAUUCCCAGAGAAAUCUCACUUGGGUGUCCAAAGACACUAAUACUAAACUGCCUAAAAAAAGUCUGCUUAAAUCUCCUGCCCCCAGCCUCACAGUUCUGUGCCUCCGAGUGCCUUGGGAAGAAGGGCAAAUUAACAUUGUUUGACAAUACAGUGCCCAUUACUGUGGGUUGGGGAUAAAGACAUUCUUCCUCGGGCAGAGCUAUUUUUCUUCUGGGAUUUAACUGACGAGAAUGAAGACUGAGAACAUCUGCCUUCUGUAGUCAGAUGAUGCCUACUACAAGAUGAACGUUUCCCUUUCCUUUUGGAAGUUAAAAUUGAAACCAGUCUUCUUCUGUUGUGGCAACAUGAAUAUUACUCUGCAGAGAACAUCGCUGCCCCACAUGCCUUCCCAGUCUGAUUCAGAUGGUGAAAUCCACUCUGGAGGACCAUCGUGCCAAUUUCUGGAGUUCUCCCCUCAGCCUCCCUUCAGAGGGGGAAGUCUGAGAAGGAACAGGAAGGACAAAAGCAGCAAACUUCCUUGCCCAUCUUCCUCCAGUUUAACCUUGGAACGGUGGAAUUCGCUCUGGAUCUCCUGGUGUGGCAUUUUAAGUAUCUUUCCUGAGUGUGUCGAUGCCUGCAAGACCAGCUCUCUACCAAGGUCUGCAUUCUUCCAAACAAUGAAUUGUAGUCUGGAUUGGGCUGGACCAAGCGAGCUGGCAAAAACUAGGUGAUUUAGCUUGAGAUCUGGAGGGCAGCGCAAAACCAGAUUUGAAUCUUUUCCUUGUCUCUACUUACACAGGCAAACCUCUACCAGUACAGAGUAGUAGUUUGUGAAACGCUCAAUAUUCCAGGUGAUGCCUCUCUUUAUGCCGGUUUGUAAAGAAACCAAACUCAGACACUGGGAUCAUGAUGUUAAUGCUGAUUAUCUCUCCCUGUGAGCCCCUUCCCCUGCCCUCACUGAUGUACAAAUGAUUGCUCUCACGGCUCGGAUCCAGUGAUGACAUCAUUUGCAAACUGGAGGGGGAAUUGCAUUCACCAAGUAUCUAAGCUGCCCAUCUUAGUGGGUCCCUUGUAUUGAGGAAAGGGAGGAAGAUUCCCUCUAACUCGUGACACAUGAAAGCUACUUCUAGGGAUCAUUCAUAGUUUUCUGUUGUGGGUUUUUUUAAUAAUCUUUUGUACUCCGCUGAAGUGGUAAUCGGCGAAUUCACUAGAAACACAAUAGUUAAUUAUCCCUCGUUUCCCCACCUGCCCUUCUCGAACUUGGUACCUGUGGAGGAGCUGACUUAAAGCAUCAUGGGGGGGAGGGGAACAAGAGGAGGGUUAUCCUCUAUUUUUAACAAAGCACAAAUGCCAGGCAGGCCUACUUGGUGCCUGAACCUCUGCGGGAGUCUGAUCGUUGGCCGACUUGCCUUGUAAUGUAAACGCUUUUUAGGCUGUUGGAGCGGCACUUUCACAGGUCCUGGGAAGGCUCCUACUGGGCCGUUGAUUGGACAUAAUCCUUUUGGCCCCGAAGUGCCAGCUCUGCACACGUUCCCAGGCCCCUGGAGAGGGAGAACUAGUAGUGACUUGCGCGUGCCACUCGAACGGGGCAAGGAUUGCUGGUCGGGCUUUGGGCUCUGUCUCUGCAUGGGUAGCGCCGCCUGCUGACCUUUCCAGCUGUUUGGAGGCCGCGGAGCCGCGGGCAGGUCUUCAGAUGUUUGCAGGAGAGACUGAAAUGGCUCCUCUGGGCCACUUCGUACCUGCUGUUAUCACGAGUUGAGUUGUGGACAGUGUUGCGGGCCUCGAAGGCAGCGGUGGUGUGGCCGGAGGGCCAGCUAGCGGGGAGAGGGAGAGGACGACUAACCGGAAUCCACCUGCCGAGGGCUCAGGGAGGCCCCACGUGGGGUGAGACACGAGUGAAGCUUUCCGUCCCCUUGCUUGGAAUGUGGAGAGUUUGGUGCUGAUACAUCUACAAGGAUGAUUGUAAGCGUUUCCCCCUUUAAUGUGUGUUUUUGUAUCGAUAAAGAUUUGAAUAAAUUACCCUGGUAUGGGAAGGUGAA